GUGUGUUUUCUUCUCCUUUUCUGACAAGACCAGAAGACAAUUGAUCUUUUUCUUCUCCAGGGAAUCCUUUUGACCCUCAGUUUACACUCACUAACGCUGUUUCAAACAUCAUCUGCUCCCUCACCCUCGGCAAUCGGUUUGACUACCACGAUGAGGACUUCCGAAAACUGCUAAAGCUGAUGCAUGAGACAGUUUUCCUUCAGGGAGCCAUCACAACCCAGCUGUACAACUCUUUCCCAUCUAUAAUGAAGUUCCUCCCUGGAGCACAUCAAACCAUUUUCAAAAACUGGAAGUGGUUGAAAAGCUACAUGCAAGAGCAGAUCAACAAACACAAGGAGGACUGGAACCCCUCAGAGAGCCGGGACUACAUCGACAGCUACUUGCAGGAGAUAGCCAAGGACAAGGGCAGUGACACCUUCCGGGAGGAACAUCUCAUCGCCUGCACCCUCGACCUCAUGUUCGCUGGAACAGAGACCACCUCUUCAACCCUCCGCUGGGCUCUGCUGUUCAUGGCCUUACAUCCUGAAAUUCAAGCCCAUGUGCAAGCCGAGAUCGAUGCCGUCAUUGGACAGGCACGGCAGCCAGUGCUGGAGGACAGGAACAACAUGCCCUACACCAACGCCGUCAUCCAUGAGGUGCAGAGGAAAGCCAACAUUGUCCCUUUGAGCAUGCCAAGAAUGGCAGCAAAGGACACAACUCUGGAUGGCUUCUUCAUCCCAAAGGGCACUGUUUUAACAAUAAAUAUAUCCUCUGUGAUGUUUGACAAGAAUGAGUGGGAAACCCCUGACACUUUUAACCCGCAGCAUUUCCUGAAGGACGGGAAGUUCUGGAAAAGGGAAUCAUUUCUGGCAUUUUCUGUGGGUAAGUUUUGCAAAAUUGUGCCGAGGCACUGCCCUUGGGUUUCCAACUGCAUGAUGGACCAUGGUCCUAAGGGAAGGCAGAAUCACUUCCGUCAGUAAAAGCUCAGUCUGAGGAUGCCGUGGGUUGUUGUCUCCACAGGGAAGCGUGCCUGCCUGGGCGAGGUGCUCGCCCGCUCCGAGCUCUUCCUCUUCUUCACGUCUCUGCUCCAGAAAUUCACCUUCCAGGCACCCCCGGACACCACGCUCAGCCUCCAGCCCAUGAUGGGCAUCGCGAUGGCCCCACAGCCCUACAAGAUCUGCGCUGUGCCUCGGUAGGGAAGCCUUGGCUACCAUCCUCACAGGGAAAACCCUUUGUCAGGAACACUGAAAACAAGCUUUUGGCAGCUCCCCUGGGCU